AUGCCGCCCAAAGCAACUCGUAAAAGUGUAUCGUUCCAGGCCAAUGUUGGAGACACGACAGACCAACUGACCAAUACUUUCAAAGCAGUUGUUCCACGGAUCAAAAAGUCCGUCAUGGUACUUCCAUUCCAUCUUUUGCUAAACUUAUAUGGUAUGUUCCAUUUUGGGCUUACAGCUGAUCCUUUCAAUAGCAUUGUCAAGGGUUAUGUGAACUUGGUUGUAUUACAACUCGUAUAUGGGUACUUAUAUGCUACAUCCUUUAUUGAAAAGGCAGGCAAGAAGAAGAAGGUUGAAAAUGACAAUGCGCCGCUUUUGGUGGUUUCGGCCACGGUGAUUUCUAUCGGAUUGGCGAACGUGGUUUUCGUCAUAUUGAUUCUCUUUGGAGCUCCGUUGUCGUCAAACUUGAAGGAAUCGUACGCUCUUGCAUACCAUCUUUCGUUGAUCAUAUUUCAACCUCUUUUGAUAGCUUACAAACUCAACUACGAACAAUUCUUUAGUCUCUUCAAAAUGGACAAGAUAUACCGGGCUGUUUUCACCAAUCCCGUGCUUGCGAGCAGCUUUUUUGCUGUGGUGGGUACUUGGUUUGGAGUUCUUCCUAUUCCUCUUGACUGGGACAGACCAUGGCAGCAGUGGCCCAUCACGUUGAUGUGUGGAGGGUAUCUUGGAGCAUUUUUCGGCGCUGUGGUUGCGUUACUUCCAAUUGACCAAUUAACUUAA